CCAAUUAUCCACAGCUCAUUGGCACUCCCACCGACCAAGUACCAACCACCAAACCAAUUCCCUGCUGCCUCCCACACUCGGCAAAAUCCACUCAGUCCACAGACUUUCUACUCGAGACUUGAGAGUUGAGAGGGAGCCCCCGUUUUGGCCAUCUCAAAGAACCGUCACUCCAGAUUCUUCCAUUUUCCAUUCAGUUCCCAUCCUCCACUCCAAUGGCCUGCUCAGCGGCUUCAACAGCCUUGCUUUCAUCAUCAACAUCCCCAAACCCCCCGAGGCCUUCCAUUUCUCCCAAAUUUUUUUUAUCCUCUCAAACCCUAUCCACUCCUUCCUCUUUCAAUACCCUCCGUAAGUCCUCGUCCUCGUUCUCCUCCUUAUCCCAUGUCCCCUGUUCCUUCUCUUCCCGCUCUUCCUUCCCCAAUCGCCGAAGUUUCGUUGUCCGAGCAAGUGAACUUCCACUAGUUGGAAAUCAAGCACCAGACUUUGAGGCAGAGGCUGUUUUUGAUCAAGAAUUCAUCAAGGUUAAACUCUCCGAGUAUAUUGGGAAGAAAUAUGUUGUCCUUUUUUUCUAUCCACUGGAUUUCACAUUUGUUUGUCCAACUGAAAUAACUGCCUUUAGUGACCGGUAUGAAGAAUUUCGGAAGUUGAAUACAGAGGUACUUGGUGUUUCAGUAGACAGUGUGUUCUCGCAUCUUGCAUGGGUCCAGACAGAGAGAAAAGCUGGUGGAUUAGGUGAUUUGAAAUAUCCAUUAAUUUCUGAUAUCACCAGGUCAAUCUCAGCAGCAUAUAAUGUAUUGAUCCCAGAUCAGGGAAUUGCAUUGAGAGGGCUUUUUAUUAUCGACAAGGAAGGAGUUAUUCAACACGCAACCAUUAACAACCUUGCAAUUGGCAGGAGUGUUGACGAAUCAUUGAGAACACUGCAGGACCAUGUCGCUAGCGGUUCAGUAGCUACAAUGCCAGAUACCCUCCACCACCUUUCCACCUCCUCCUCCAUCACUCCCCCUUUCAUCACCCCAAAAUUUCCUUCGCUUUCCCGCCCCAAGCACGCCCAUUUGGCCCCUCCUCCUCCGCAACCCGAUUCCAAUUCCAUCCCUUCCACCGCCCCCCCAUCAUCCAGUUCCCAGGAAAAUAACAACAUUGCCCCUCCUCUCAAAUUCCAGCUCCUCCAGGAGAAACUCCUCUACUUAGACUCCCUCGGCCUCGACUCUCUCUACUGCCUCGCUGCCCACUCACCUAUCCUUUUUACUCCUCUCUCCCAGAUCAAAUCCCUCGUCAAAUUCCUCCACUCCCUCGGCCUCACCACCCCUGAUCUCCGCCGCUCUUUUUCCAUGUGCCCCGACCUUCUGGCCACCCCUCUCAGAACCGUCUUGAGACCCGCCGUUACUUUUCUCCUCCGGGAGGCCCACGUCAGCGGCAAGGAUCUCCGCCACGUCAUCAACCGCCGCCCCCGCCUCCUCACUUGCAGCGUCGACCGCCGCCUUCGCCCGGCCCUUUACUUCCUCCGAGGUACCAUUGGCAUUGACGAUGUCAGCAGGUGCGCUCCUCUUCUCUCCUGCUGCGUCGAAUCAAAGUUCAUCCCUCGUCUCGACUAUUUUUUGAAACUUGGGAUACCCAAAAGGGAGGCCAUUUCGCUAUUUCGGAGGUUUCCGUCCCUGUUUUGUUACAGUAUAGAGGAGAAUUUAGAGCCCAAAUUCAAUUACUUCGUGGUGGAAAUGGGAAGGGAGUUGAGGGAGUUGGUUGAUUUCCCACACUAUUUUUUGUUUAGCUUAGAGAAUAGGAUAAAGUCAAGGCACAAGAUGUGUGUGGAGAGGGGGGUGUGUCUGUCAUUGCCUGUGAUGUUGAAGUCUUCGGAGGCCCGAUUUAUGGAUAGGUUGGAAGUCUGUUGUGAUUCUUCGGUUCCUUUGGCAACUUCUCCAUUGUGGUGCAAAAGGGUCAAUCUUGAUAUUGAUGUAACAUAGGAAAAAUCAUAGUCCUGUAUACAUUCUCUACUGCACUGCACUUGUAUCUGCUUACAACAAAAUAAGGAAAAGUAAAUACGAAAUUUCAUUUUUUUGCUGAA